AUGACAGACAAACUUCCCCCUCCCCUCCUGGCGCUCUUCCAGCCUCGUCCACCAUUACGUUACGUUCCUCCCGUUGAUCGCGCACCCGACGAUAUCAAGAAGAGUAGCAUUGGCGGCGUUGCAGAUUUCCUUGGAGAACUUAAGAAAUAUGGAGAAGAAGUUCCUUACAAUGCCACAGAGAGCUGGCUGCAACGCAAGUGGCGUCAGAAGCUCGAGAAAAAGGAGAGGCUGAAUAAGCAGUUGACUGAAGGCCUUCAAUCUUAUGAUCCUUCGAAUGAUCCUCAAGCUAGGGGUGAUCCCUUCAAGACUCUGUUUGUUGCUCGACUGAGCUACGACGUGAAGGAGUCCGACCUAGAACGAGAGUUCGGUAGAUUUGGGCCAAUUGAAAGAAUCCGCAUUGUAAAAGACACAGUCACGCCUAAGGGCUCCAAGAAGCCACACAGAGGCUAUGCUUUCAUCGUGUAUGAGCGUGAAAAGGACAUGAAAGGUAUUGCUGCUACUCACAAUUAUAGUGAAAACUCUGCGACUCCUCUUGAUCCCAAAAAUGGAAUCCGAAUCAAGGAUCGACGUGUUUUGGUAGAUGUGGAACGUGGCCGCACAGUCAAAGGCUGGAAGCCUCGCCGCUUCGGUGGAGGCUUGGGAGGACGUGGCUAUACUAAGGCUUUGCCCUCGCGUCCCACCGGACCUGGAUCUUUCGGUGCGCCUUCUGGCCCUGGAGGAUUUGGUGGCGGAUUCCGGGGCGGAUACGGAGGUAGAGGCUUUCGAGGAGGAUAUCGCGGUGGCGAUCGUUUUGGCCCUCGUGGCGGGAUUGGCUAUCAAGGCGGACGCAAUGGCUUCGGUGGACAGGCUCCACCAAACGCUCCCUCUGGUCCCGGUGGUGGCCGGAAUGGUGGCUUUGGAGGCGGCUAUGCAGGUGGUGGAAAGUAUGAGAGAGAUGCCCGGGCCCCUGGCGUAACUGGUAGCAACCGCGAGCCUAUCAGACCUAGAGAGGGCUACUCAGAGCGAGACCGACGUGAUCAUGAUCGUGAUCGGGAAAGUGACCGCCACAGAGACCGUGAUCGGGAUCGCUACCGUGACCGUGAUCGCGACCGCGAACGUGAGAGAUAUGGUGGCCGAGAGGACUAUGGCCGCAAGCGAUAUCACGAAGACGAUUCAUAUGAGGAUCCUCGCGCUAAAAGGAGGUACUAA